AUUAUAAUUAAAUCAGUCAAAUUAAUCAAUCAUUUUUUUCCUUAUCCUAGCCUUAAUUAAUUCCCCAAAACCAUAUUAUUAGUGUUACUAUAAAAGUGCCUAUCCCGUUAUUUCAUUCUCUUGUUUUUAUUUCCUCUCUAUUUCUAGACUACAUACAUUCUUUGAAUUUCGUUCAGAAAGCAUGGUGAUGAAUCAUAGAAACAAGCUAAUUAUAAGCUUGAUUCUUGCAUUAAUCGCGAUUAUUAAACCGAUUAAUUGUGAUUGUUCUACAAAUGUUAGUAGAAAGAGUUUUCCAAAGGGCUUUGUUUUUGGCACUGCAUCUUCUGCCUAUCAGUACGAAGGAGCUGUAAAAGAGGACGGCAGGGGACCCUCUGUCUGGGACACAUUUGCACACAAAUUUGGCAAAGUCAUUGAUUUUAGUAACGCUGAUGUUGCAAAUGAUCAUUAUCAUAAAUACCUAGAAGAUGUAAAACUUAUGAAGGACAUGGGAGUCGAUGCAUACAGGUUUUCGAUAUCUUGGACUCGGAUAUUUCCAAAUGGAACUGGCCAGAUAAAUCAAGCCGGAGUUGAUCACUACAACAAUCUAAUCAAUGCAUUACUAACUAAUGGAAUUCAACCAUACGUGACAAUGUACCAUUGGGACACUCCUCAAGCCUUGGAGGAUGCUUACAAAAGUUGGCUUAGCCCUCAAAUCAUAAAUGAUUUUGGGGUCUACGCGGAGACUCUAUAUCAGAAAUUUGGGGACAGAGUUAAGCACUGGAUAACACUAAACGAGCCCCAUACAGUUGCUUCUCAAGGCUAUGAUAUAGGCAUUUUUGCUCCAGGGCGGUGCUCUAUCCUCCUCCAUUUGUUUUGCAGGGCAGGGAACUCUGCCACUGAGCCUUAUAUUGUUGCUCAUCACUUGCUUCUUGCUCAUGGUACUGCAGUCGAUAUUUACAGAAGAAAAUACCAGAGAAAACAGCGCGGAUCAAUUGGAGCAGCGUUAGAUGUGAUGUGGUAUGAGCCAGAAACCAACACAACAGAAAAUAUUGAAGCAGCUCAAAGAGCACAGGAUUUUCAGCUUGGCUGGUUUCUUGAUCCAUUGAUGUUUGGAGACUAUCCUGCUUCAAUGAGGCAGCGAGUAGGGGACCGUUUGCCAAAAUUUACUGCAGCAGAAUCAGCUCUUCUCAAAGGGUCUCUAGAUUUCGUUGGCAUAAAUCAUUACACUACAUAUUAUGCAAGAAACAACAAGACUGAUAUUAUUGGGAUUCUGCUCAAUGAUGCUCUUGCUGAUUCUGGCACUGUAACUUCGCCAUUUGGUCAUGACGGGAAACCUAUCGGAGAGAGGGCUAAUUCGAUAUGGCUGUACAUUGUACCUCGGGGAAUGAGAGAAUUGAUGAAUUAUAUCAAGAACAAAUAUGGAAAUCCUAUGGUCAUCAUAACUGAAAAUGGGAUGGAUGAUGGGAACAAUAUAUUCAGAUCCUUGAAUGACUCGCUUAAAGACGAGAAAAGAAUUCGAUACUACACCGGCUAUCUUGAAAAUUUGGCUGCAGCUAUCAAGGAAGAUGGGUGUAAUGUGAAAGGAUACUUUGCAUGGUCAUUUCUGGAUAACUGGGAAUGGGCAGCAGGAUAUACUUCUAGAUUUGGUCUUUAUUAUGUGGAUUACCAGAACAAUCAAAAGAGAUAUGCCAAGAAUUCUGUUCAAUGGUUUAAGAACUUCUUUGCUUGUUGAACCAUUCAAUUUGGACUGAAAGUGAAUUUGAAACUGGGAAAAAUUGAAAUGAAAGAUUGAAAAGAAACAACAAAGGGUGUUUAUGUGACUAUUCUUCCAAUUGUAUUUGUACUGAUAAAAAGUGAAUCACACAGAUUAUUUGCACUCUAUAUUUACUUUUCCA